AUGACUACGGAGAUGGCUCAAACAGUCAUCGGGGUGUGCAAUAACAAGAACAUCAGUGUCACCUCGGCUGACCACGCAUCAUACGUCAUAGCAAUCAUCAAGCAUGCAGACCAGGUCACCACACAGUCGCAGUAUGUGACGUCUGGCCAAUUCAACCUGCGGGCGUACUUACUGGGGCCGUAUAAAACGGCCGAAUGCGCCUUCCUCUUAAUACACGAUGUAUCUAUGGACAGUGGACCUGCAAGUACUUUCUGGAACAUGGUCCAGACGCUCAACGGACACUACCAGACAACCUUCAAGGAGAACUAA